ACCGGCCAUUUUUCUCCAUUAGGGCACUGUUCCCUGAGAGUGUUGCGAUCACUUUGAUAAGUCUACAACUUUUGGCCAGUUGAAUUUUUUGUCUCCAAGCAUUCAAACUUACUACAAAUCAAACACAAACAAUGUUUGUGUUUACUGCUGCAAAGUUUUGUCGAUGACAUCCUUGUCUUUCUAAACAGUCGUACAAAUGGAAAUGGUGCCUAGCGAAGAGAACCAGUUCGUACCCAAAGAGGAUGUGUUUUGGAGGUGCAGACAGACAGUUUUUAAUGAAAUGAAGAGGAUUUCUCAGAUUCAGAAUGCAGCUGAGGAGCCCAGAGUGCUGUGUAUAAUCCAGGACAUCACCAGCGCAAAAACGAUCAACGAGAGGCUCACCCUCAACUUGCCUGCUUCCACAACUCUUUCCAAACUUUAUGAGGACGUCGCGCACAAAGCUGGAUAUGUGAACGACACCUUUGAUCUUGCGUGGGGAAACGUUACAGCCAUGGCACCACUGGAACAUAACAGCGAGAUGUCCCUUUCUGAUUCUGGAUUUGAGCCUGGCAAGAAGAAUUUUCUCCAACUUUCAGACAAAGAUGGAGAGCAACCACAGAUUGCAUCAGUUCCUUUUAUAACGCAGGAUGAAUCAGGAACAGCAGAUAGCAGUGGACUGGAUGACAGCUCCCAGGAGCGAUUUAUUGGACCUCUACAAAGAGAUGGCAGUGCAGGUGGCAGCGGUGAAUACAGCAGUCCAUCAUACUCCUACUCUUCUAUCCUCAGCAAAUCUGAGACAGGUUACGUUGGCUUGGUUAACCAAGCUAUGACGUGCUAUUUGAACAGUCUUCUGCAAACGCUGUAUAUGACCCCAGAGUUCAGAAAUGCACUCUAUAACUGGGAAUUUGAGGAGUCAGAGGAGGAUCCCGUCACCAGUAUUCCAUACCAGCUGCAGCGGCUCUUUGUUUUGCUGCAGACUAGCAAGAAACGAGCGAUCGAGACCACUGAUGUGACGAGGAGCUUUGGCUGGGAUAGCAGCGAGGCCUGGCAGCAGCAUGACGUCCAGGAGCUGUGCAGGGUCAUGUUUGAUGCCCUUGAGCAAAAAUGGAAGCAAACAGAACAGGCUGAUCUGAUCAACCAGUUGUACCAAGGAAAGUUGAAAGACUAUGUGCGCUGCUUGGAGUGUGGCUAUGAGAGCUGGAGAAUCGAUACAUACUUGGACAUCCCUCUUGUGAUCAGACCUUUUGGAGCCAGCCAAGCCUACGGGAGUGUGGAGGAGGCUUUGCAGGCAUUCAUCCAGCCGGAAACUCUGGACGGGCCCAACCAGUACUUCUGUGAACGCUGCAAAAAGAAAUGUGAUGCUCGAAAGGGUCUGAGAUUUCUGCACUUUCCCUACCUGCUGACUUUACAACUAAAAAGGUUUGAUUUCGACUACACCACUAUGCAUCGCAUUAAGCUAAACGACCGCAUGGCCUUCCCCGAGGAGCUUGAUAUGAGUCCGUUCAUCGAUGUAGAAGAUGAGAAGUCGCCUCAGACAGAGAGCUGCACUGAUAGUGGAGCAGAGAACGAAGGCAGUUGCCACAGUGACCAAAUGAGCAAUGAUUUUUCCACUGACGACUGCGUGGAUGAGGGCAUCUGCUUGGACAGCACCAGCAGCACAGAGAGGGCGUUGAAGCCAAAGAGCUUGCUGACCUUUGAGCUGUUCUCUGUCAUGGUCCAUUCGGGAAGUGCUGCAGGUGGUCACUACUACGCAUAUAUCAAGUCCUUCAGUGAUGGCCAGUGGUACAGUUUCAAUGAUCAACAUGUUAGUAAGAUCACCCAGGAUGAUAUCAGGAAGACAUAUGGAGGUUCCUCAGGGAGUAGAGGCUAUUAUUCCAGUGCCUUUGCUAGCUCUACAAAUGCAUAUAUGCUGAUUUAUAGACUUAAAGAUCCCUCAAGGAAUGCAAAGGUUUUAGCUGUGGAAGACUUUCCAGAGCACAUCCAGAGUCUGGUUCAGAAGGAGAAGGAGUCUGAAGAGCAAGAAAAGCGCCAGAGGGAAAUUGAGCGCAACACUUGCAAGAUCAAGCUUUUCUGCAUGCAUCCWGUAAAGAUGAUGAUGGAGAGCAAGUUGGAAGUUCACAAGGAUAAAACUCUGAGAGAAGCAACAGAAAUGUCCUACAAGCUGAUGGAGCUGGAGGGAGUCAUUCCUCUGGAGUGCUGUCGCUUGGUAAAGUACGAUGAAUUUCACGAGUAUCUGGAGCGAUCGUACGAAGGCGAGGAAGACACACCGAUGGGGCUCCUCCUCGGAGGCGUCAAGUCCUCGUACAUGUUUGACCUGCUUCUUGAGACUCGCAGGCCAGAGCAAGUCUUCCAGCCUUACAAACCUGGAGAAGUGAUGGUGAAGGUUCAUGUUGUUGAUCUGAAGACUGAGACCAUUGCCCCUCCAAUCAGUGUUCGAGCAUACUUGAACCAGUCGAUUACUGAAUUCAAACAGCUCAUAGCACAGGCUACAGGGCUUUCUGCAGAAACCAUGCGAGUGGUCUUGGAGCGCUGCUAUAACGACCUCCGGCUCCUUUAUGUUCCAAACAAGACACUUAAAGCUGAAGGAUUCUUUAGGAGCAACAAGGUUUUUGUAGAGAGCUCCGAGUUAUCAGAUCAUCAGGUUCCUUUCACUGACUCGCUCUUGUGGAAACUCUUGGAUCGUCACGGGAAUACGAUCCGACUGUUCAUCUUGCUGCCUGAGCAGUCUCCUGGUACUCUGGCUAAUAGAACUGUUUGCCAAAAAGUGGGAGAAGACUCCGAUGGACCCUUUGAGGGUUCAAAAGGCAACAGGAAAUCCGUAGAAGCUAUUCUGGAGGAAAGCACAGAAAAACUGAAAAACCUGUCUUUGCAGCAGCAGCAGGGUUCCAGCACAAGCGACAGCCAAAAAAGCUCCGACACCAGUGACUUUGAGCACAUCGAAUCCCCGACACAAGAAGCCGUCUCGAACUCUUCGCUCUGCAUGGCCGCAGACAACAGAGAGCUGGAGAACCGGAUCGGAGCCGCGCCCGGUGGCAGCGGAGGCGCCUCUUCUGACACCGACAACCAGUUCGUCUGCGAGGAGCGGUCGGACUCCGAGGUGAACAACGAUCGUAGCACAAGCUCGGUGGACAGCGACAUCCUGAGCUCCAGCCACAGCAGUGACACGCUGUGCAAUGCAGACAGUUGCCCCAUCCAGCUGGCCAACGGCUUGGAUUCACACAGCAUCACAAGUAGCCGACGCUCCAAAGCCCACGAGGGGAAAAAAGAGACCUGGGACACUGCUGAGGAAGACUCUGGAACAGACAGCGAGUAUGACGACAACGGAAAGAGCAAAGCAGAAGCUCAGUACCUGUACUUCAGAGCAGAGCCUUAUUCUCAGGAUGAAGCCUCAUGGGUUUAGUGGUUCACGUGGACAAGAGAAUAACAUUAGCAGCAUUCAAACAGAGGUUGGAGCCGUACGUCGGCGUGAUGUCGUCCCAGUUCAAGGUGUUUCGGGUUUAUGCCAACAACCAGGAGUUUGAGAGCGUACGGCUCAAUGAAACACUUUCAUCGUUCUCUGACGAUAACAAGAUAACUAUUCGACUAGGGAGAGCCCUGAAAAAGGGUGAAUACAGAGUUAAAGUGUAUCAGCUUCUAGUAAAUGAACCAGAGCCCUGCAAGUUCCUUGCGGACACGGUGUUUGCCAAGGGCAUGACUGUCAGACAGUCCAAGGAGGAGCUGCUUCCUCAGUUAAAAGAGCAGUGCAAGCUUGACCUCAGCAUCGACAGGGUUCGACUCAGAAAAAAGACAUGGAAGAAUCCGGGCACAGUGUUUCUGGAUUACCACGUCUACGAGGAAGACAUCAGCAUCUCUUCCAACUGGGAGGUUUUCCUGGAAGUCCUUAACGAACCAGAGAAGAUGAAGUCCAUGUCACAGCUGGCUAUUCUGACUCGAAGGUGGAAUCCGGCUACGAUGAAGCUGGGGCCUUUCCAGGAGGUGAUUCUGGAGAGCAGCCGUGUAGAUGAACUCAAAGAGAAGCUUAGUGAAAUCAGUGAUAUUCCACUUGAAAACCUAGAGUUUGCAAAGGGCAGGGGAACAUUUCCUUGUGACAUCUCRGUGUUGGAAAUCCAUCAGGAUUUGGACUGGAACCCUAAGGUGUCGACCCUUAAUGUGUGGCCUCUUUAUAUCUGUGACGACGGAGCCGUGGUCUUCUACAGGGACAGCAGAGAGGAACCCCAGGAGCUCUCGGAGGACGAGCGUAACGAGUUGAUGAAGAAGGAGAGCAGCCGACUGCUGAAGACGGGACAUCGUGUCAGUUACUCACCGCGGAAAGAGAAAGCCCUGAAGAUCUACUUGGACGGGGGUCCUCUGAGAGACCCGGGGCAGGACUGAAACACAGGCUGUCUGGCUGCUGCAGGAGAUCAACCUGGCAUUGGGACUGAAUGUUGAGCCAAACAGUGACUUGAAAUGAAGCAGCGUUACGAGGUAGAUGUGCUCUCACUCAGAGCCCCGGGGCUGGCUCCAAAACCCCUGCUGUGCACUCAGAGUGUAUUGUACUAUACAGUUUAAAGGGAAGUACAAAAGCUGUUCUCACAGGAAAUGAAGACUACUGUAUUAACAAAUCAUUUGAAAUAAAARGCUUCAGAUUUGGAUGUGGAGGAUUUGGGACUGUGAAAGUCAACCAUCAUGUAUUUGUAAGUCUUUGAUGUCUUUUGAAAUUAGGCACUUUUGCUCUCUUCUGUCAUGUGUUCAUGUUUCUUUUGGACAAAGUGUUGAUUCUGACUCAUCUGUGGCCGUCUUGUAACUUCAGCGUUCUCACAGCUUCUGAGCACUGCUCUGGUAGAGCACUUUCUCUCUCUCUCUCUCUUUAAAACCAAAACAACCUACUUAUCUGGACCUCCUCAGUCUCGCCUCUUCUGGCAAAACAAACCUCAUUCUCUCUGUGACAUUGAAGGAAAGACGAUAAAGAAUUUCUAAACUAAAAAAUUUGUUUUUGGUUCCGAUAAUGUCCGUGAUGUGUUAUGGGCUGUCAAUGAUGCUGCUCGUUAUUUAAAGGAGCUCGCUCUCUGUCACAUCACUUCCACUGGGCGUGAUGCUCUUUUUUAAUAGAACGUGAAAUGAAGCAGAAUCAUGUAGACUUUAGGAACUUUUUGUUUUGUUGUAAAUUAUUUUGGCUGAGACUUAACUCAGUUAGGUCUCGUGAGGCUCCAGAAACACAUCUGUCUACUAACGUUUUAAUUUAGAUAAUGUAUUUGCAUUUGUUUCUUUGCACCCCCCUAAGCUGGGGGUACAUGACAUGGCUCAUUGUCUGCGUGGUGUUGUACUGUGUGAGAGGGAGGGGUCUCUCGGGGGUUUUCCUCAGAGAACAUGAAUUUUGGCGCUUUAUCUGCUGCUGCAGCUUGUAGAUGGACACCGGAGAGUGUAGAAAAGCCUGCUGGACUUGUCUUUCUGACUGGGUCAAUGCUCUGAGAACUAAAGCUCAGCGUCCCAGCCUCCCUGGUCUUCUGAUUUUGCCACCAGCUAUUAACAUGCCAAUAUCAGAAGAAAUACCUUUUUUUUGUUUUGUUUUGUUGGUUUAUUUCUUUGAGAAAUCCUGUGUGAAAAUAAGUAAAGAUGAUUUUAGAAAUAAAUUAAAGCAAUGUUUGUUUUUUAAUAAAACGAGUUUCUGCCUCUGAAAGUCAAAAUGGUUAAAAUACAUUUUCUGAGUUACA